AUGUAUCUAUUAUCUGUGUAUUUUGAAGUGUCGCUGUCAAUGUUGCAUGGUUAUAUGUAACACAAUACAAAGGCCAUGGAGGAAUUUACAGAGGAGGAUUUAAAGCUGCCGCCUGUGAAAUAUGAAUAUUUGGAUCACACUGCAGAUGUACAAUUGCAUGCCUGGGGGGACAACUUGGAAGAAGCAUUUGAACAGUGUGCAAUGGCGAUGUUUGCUUACAUGACAGAAAUUGAAUAUGUGGAAAUGAAGGAAGCACAAGAAAUUGAAGCAACUGGUCAUGAUAUGCUGUCUCUGCUGUUCCACUUUUUGGAUGAAUUUCUUUUUCUAUUUUGUGCUGAACCAUUCUUUAUUGCAAGGAAAGUAAAAAUCCUUGAAUUUGAUCGCAAUUUUCACAUUAAAGCUCGAGGAUAUGGUGAAGAAUUCCAACUAGGGAAGCAUCCACAGGGCACAGAAGUGAAAGCAAUAACCUAUUCAAACAUGCAGUUCAAUAAUGAAGGACAGCAUGAAGUGUUUGUAAUUAUUGAUAUUUAAAAAAAAAAAAAAAAAAUUGCAUCAAAGUGUACAAAACUUAGACUUAAGCACAUAGCUCAUUUUAUGAGCCAUUCUUAUGUACAGAAUAGUGAUGUUACAGUGGUUUGUGUCACCUGCUCUUGUUUUGUACCACAUACUAUUUCAAUAUUAUCGUUUCUUCAUACAUGUGUCAGUUACACUUGCUUGUAGACAUGCCCUGUGAAUAAAAGCCUUUAUGUAAAUA